AUGUAUUUUGAGUCAUCCACACAGUUAUCAGACAGCAAAAUACUAGAUCAAAAUAACCAGGCCCCUGCUGGUCACCAGAUCCCUGACUGCUAUGCAAAUACAGUGCUAUGUAUUGGUGUGACUGUGAAUUACCAGCCAUGCCAUGCUGACUACUACUUUACGAAAGCCAGACUUGCCAGGAUCCGGGCAGCCAAGAGCGGAAGUGCAAAUGCUUACAUGCAGAGUAAACGAAAUGGCCUGCUCAGUAAUCAACUACAGUCCUCAGAGGAUGAGCAGGCCUUUGUUAGCAAAUCCGGCUCCAGCUUUGAAACUCAGCACCACCACCUGCUUCACUGCCUGGAAAAAACCACGAAUCACGAGUUUGUGGAUGAACAAGUCUUUGAAGAGAGCUGCAUGGAAGUUGCAACUGUUAAUCGUCCUUCAAGUCACAGUCCCUCUCUCUCUUCACAAGGGAUUACCAGUACCUGCUGUUCAAGGAGACACAAAAAAACUUUCCGCAUUCCCAACACCAAUGUAUCAGGAAGCCACAGAGGCAGCGUGCAAGAACUCAGCACAAUUCAAAUCAGAUGUGUGGAGAGAACUCCACUGUCUAACAGCCGAUCCAGUCUAAAUGCCAAAAUGGAAGAGUGUGUUAAACUAAACUGUGAACAACCUUAUGUGACUACAGCAAUAAUAAGCAUCCCAACACCUCCAGUAACCACACCUGAAGGAGACGACAGGCCAGAAUCUCCUGAGUACUCAGGAGGAAAUAUUGUCAGAGUGUCUGCUUUGUAAGACUACUGGAACCAGGGCUAAGAGAAUGACAGCCCUAGCUGUGGAAAGAAUUACAGUGUGGAAGAGAGAAGAAACAAUAAACCAUUUGUAGAUGAAAAUGGCAAAUCAAGAAAGUGACACACACAAAAAAAAAACAAAGCUUCUAAACCAGAGGAUGGAAAUAAAAACACCAAAUGGCAUUUCUAGACAGUUGGACCUAUUAUAUGUAACCUAUGGUCCUUUGACUUUGUGAAUGAGCACAAUGAAAUGCCUCCUACUGAUGCUUCUUAUAACCAGAACUCUUUUUUAAUAAAACAAAUAAAAUGAAUCUUUGAACAUAAUGUUCCAGUUGAAUGCAAAACAAAAAAAUAUGGAAAAACAUUUUGAUAAAAAUUUUUCCUGUUGAAGCCAUGAACAUUGGCUGUAAUGAAGAUUAUUAGUAUGUUUAAAAAUCUCAUACACCACAUUUGUAUUGACUGAAGGCAACCAUGAUAAUGCAUGCUAGAAUUCUUUGGAGCAGUGUUCUCAGUUUCCUUCUGUUGUCUUCAGAAUAGGCAUGAUAAACUAUAAUUAUAAAAAGGGGAAAUUUCUGUGCACUUACAAGCGGGUUGUUCAUGUUCUAUGGUGAGCUGUGCAAAUAAACUCCUUUUAGAACCACAGUAUUUCUCCUGGGGAUGCUCAUUAGUACAUUUAAAGUGCUCAGAUAGUUCAGUAUUAAUUCUCAUUUUACCUUGUACCUAGAUACUGUUACAACUGCAAUAAUUCAUUGUACACCUGUUGUAUCAGGAAUCAGGAUAUUUUGUUGUUGUACUUUCCAGAUUUCAUAGAUAUGAGAAAAUACCACAUUCACAGAAAAGCUUCUGAUGUGGCUGGGUUUUAAAUAACUUUUUAAUCCAAAAAUACUGUGCCAUUAAUGUUUUUCAGUAAUAUUCUUUGGUCCACAGUAUUUCUGUGACAGUGUGUUACUUCUUCCUGUAUUUCUAUAGCGCCUUUCUAUUGGGUUUAUCAUCAUCAACAGGACUUUUUGUAGUUCAAACAACUUUCCUACUUUUGUAUUCCCCAACCAAUUAUCUUGUAAGUAUAUUAUCAACAUCAAUCCCCUUGGAAAGAGAAAAAAAAAGGAGUUGGCAUCUAUAAAUUAUCUCUGAUAUCUUUGCUGUUAUAGAAAAGCCCAAAUACUGAAUUUAUCUCUACGUGUCAUAAAAGUUGGAUGGAACUAGCGUUACAGGACCAAUGAUCCCAGAAUCUCACUUGAUGUAUUAUUUAUUUUGCUUUAGAUCUUGAAUACAUUUUGAGAAUAACACAUAGGAAUUGAAAUGCAGAGAUAAACUGGAGUGCUUUAUAUAGCAAUAUUUGAUGAAAGCAAGCUUUCUACACUACUGGAGGAAGCAGCACAAAAUUAUCUCAGAAAGGUUCCUUUACCUUGCAAGGAAAAAUUUUCUCUACUAAAUCAAGAGAACAGGAGUUUUGUGAUGCAAUGUUGAUGUCUAUGUACAUUUAAGUGAAAAAGUCUUUAUGCCUUUUCACCUUUAAAUAUAUCAGCAGAUGUGUCUGCACGUGACAGUGUAAUAAAGUUUUAUGUCAAAUAAGAAGUUUCGUUCAUUCUGAACCACCAUUGUAAGGAAUAAAGUUUAGUUUCUAUACACAGAAAAAGUUAAGAAUUAUCCUUCAUAUAGAUAUUUUAAAUGAUUAUCAUAAUUUAUCAUAAGAAGGAAUUAAACUAUUUUCAAGUAAAGCCAGAAAUUCUUGCUUCCCAUUUCUAGAAUAGCUUCUAGAACAGUACUAUGCACACAGUAGAUAUUAAUAAACAUUUGCUGAGUGAAGGUAAGAUAAACUCUACUUUCUUGGGAAGAACUGGCUUUAUUCCUAGUAUGUCUUUUAAAAGUUACUAAUCUUCCUGAAGCGUGAAUAUUAAUAAUUACAUUAACACCUGCCUCGUGUCACUUAAUGCUUCUAGAGAAAAUAUAUAGUGAAACUUUUUUAUGGCAUUUGUUGGCAUUUUUAAAGAAUAGACUAAGAAAACCACAAUCAGGAAUAACUAGGUAUUUUGAUUCCCAACAAGAAGUUCUAUUUUCAUGUUCUUAAUACAACAUUUAAAAAAAUGCAUUAGAUGACUUCAAUUGGCAGUUCUGCCUCCUUUUUUGACUUAUCAUUUAUCCCAAAACUAUUAACUUCUUUAGACUUUUGGAAAAGAAAGAACAACUUUUUGGUGUUUAGGUAAUUUAAAAAUAUAUUGUGUUGGUGGUGAAUGACUAUUGAUGAUUGUAUUAAGUGCAUCUGUGUUGUAAGUGAAAUGUAAUUAUUUCUGUGUACCAUAUGAAGUAACCAAGGUCUUUGUUUUUGACAAUUUUGUUUGAAAUCCAUGAUCUUGUUUCAAGAAUAGCAUAAUAUCUGCAUUAUGCUGAAAAAAUAGACCUUUGGAAAACUGCUUAAAUAAAACAUGUGCAUGCUCAAACAGGAA